AUGACAGUAUUGAUUUCAACACCUUUACCAAUACCUCGUCCUAAAGCUGCUAAAUCUGUUUUAUCAACGGGCGAAUUACUUUACAUAAUUUUUUCUGAAUUUGUACAUCAAGAUGAUUUAUUCUCUUGCCUUUUGAUCAAUAGAUUAUGGGCAAUGACAAUUGCUAGAGUAUUAUGGAAAGAGCCGUGUUGGAAAACUUAUGAAUCUUAUCGAAAAUGGUUAAAGACAUUGAAAUUGCCACAUACCACAUUGGAUUAUGCAAUUCUAGUACAAAGAUUAAGUUUUAAACCACAUAAAAGAUGCCAAAGAGAAAAAUUUACAGUUAGCGAAUUGAAAUCUAUAGUUUCAAAAUGUCAAAAUGUUAAACAUUUGGAAUUUUAUUGUCUUCAAGGAACUUUUGAUCCAACAAAUGUUGCUAUGUUUCUUAAAACUUUACCAAAUUUACUAUCUUUUAAAACUGAUGCAUCAUGGCAACCAGCUUUAGAUUCUAUCUUGGUAAAUAUGGCUGAAGGAUUUUGUCCAAAAUUGACUCAGUUAGAAAUACCUGGUAAUGGCGAAUCUGAUAGGUGUGUUACUUUGUUAAAACAAAUUGGUGAAAAAUGUCCAAAAAUCGUUAAACUAAAAACUCGUUGGGAAAUUCGUAGUGCUAAAUUGGCAUCAGUAAUUGUUGGAUCUUUUUCAAAUCUUGAAUCAUUAAUUUGUCGUGGAAUUAAUUAUGAUGGGCUAAGAAUUUUAUUACCAGGUUGUAGAAAACUUAAAAGUAUGGAAUUCACUUUCACUAUGGAAUUGAACGAUGAAAUGGUUCUAUCUGUUGCUCAGAUAUUUCCUCAAUUAGAAUAUUUAAAUCUAAAAAUAUUUGGCCGCAAUAAUUUCCCUCAGUUUAUGUCAUCAUGGGCACCUAAUCAAAUAAAUUUACGUGAAAUAUAUUUAUCGGUUAGUGAAGGCUUGACUGACGAAAGUUUUAUACCAAUAACACAAUAUUGUCAUUCUUUAGAAACUGUAACGUUAUGGUGGUGUGGUGGCUUUACUGAAUUAUCAUUUGAAGCAUUAGCACGUAAUAGAAAUAUUGGACUUAAACAUCUUUACUUCUAUCAUGUUAAAGAAAUGACCGAUGUUGGAUUGGAGGCAAUAGCUGACUAUUGUCCACAAUUACAAGAUUUACAUUUAGUACAUUGUGAAAGCUUGACACAGGUUUCUUUAUUAAGAGUUGCAAGAAAUUGUAAAAAUUUAGUAUCAUUUAACGCUGAAUUCUGUUCAAAAAGAUAUUACUGGCAAUGGACAGCCGGAUUUUUAUUUACACUGGCUAAUCGUAAUCGUGGUUCUCUCGAGGAAUUGAAAUAUCAUGAUAGAAAUACAUGUAUAAUUGAUAGUGAAAUUCUCGAAAAUAAAUUUAGAUUUGAUGGUAACUUGUUUGAAAGAUUAGCAUUAAGAUGUCCAAAGUUAAAAGUCCUGGAGCUAUUUACUUAUCAUCAAGAAACGAAUCCUAAUGUUUUGUUUAGAUCAUUGUCAAAAUUCCAGAAUCUUGAAUCAUUGGUAAUUUAUCCAGGUGAAGAAGCAAAAAGACAACAUUUUGAAAAACUGUUGAGCCAUCGUCGAUUAAAACAAAUUGUCUUGUAUUAUGGUAAUAACGUAGAUAUUAAAAGUUUUUAUGAUGAGCAUGUAAAGAAAAAUAAAGGAGUAAUAUAUACAGAAUUUUGGACCGGUAGAUUUAUUGUAAUGGGUGCUGAUUAG